AUGCAAGAUGAGGAAAGAUACAUGACAUUAAAUGUACAGCCGAGGAAAAGGAGCUCCAUGCACACAUCCCAACUUACCUUCAAAGAUUCUUCAGCAAGGUUGCACUGGUAUAAAACCAUACUGGGAAUAUCCGGAGCUGUAAAUGGUAUUCUGGCUUUGACUUUGUUCUCCCUGAUCCUGUUGGUUUCUCAAGGAGUAUUGCUAAAAUGCCAGAAAGGAAACAACUCAAAUGCCACCCAGUAUGAAGAUAUUGGAAACCUGAAAGUGAAUAAUGACACAAGAGGAAAUGUGAGCAAUAAAGGCACAGGCCACUGUAUUUCAAGAGCUACAGACCAGAUGGUACUGUGUCCAUCAGAAUGGCUCAAAUAUCAAGGGAAGUGUUAUUGGUUCUCUGCUGAAAUGAAAAAUUGGAGUGACAGUUACAUGUAUUGUUUGGGAAGAAAAUCUCAUCUACUGAUCAUACAGGACCAACCUGAAAUGGCUUUUAUACAGAAAAACCUGAGACAAUCAAACUAUAUGUGGAUUGGCCUUAACUUAACCUCCACGAAGGGAACAUGGACUUGGGUGGAUGGUUCUCCAUUGGAUCCAAAAAUAUUUCUCAUAAAGGGACCAGCUAAAGAAAACAGUUGUGCUGCCAUUAAGGAAAGCAAAAUGUACUCUGAAACAUGCAGCAGUGUUUUCAAAUGGAUCUGCCAGUAUUAG